CGCUGUCAGGGCACGGCUCACUCACAGCGACAGUAUGGCGGCGGGCUGCUGCUGUAGGGAUGCUGCUUACGCCGCUGCCUUCACAAUGUGAAAAGGAUAUCGUCUACUUGUGGAAAGACUGUCACCCCCGAGGCCUGACGCCGUGAUCCCGAAAAGAUGGCGAGGCUCGCCGAUUACUUCGUGGUAGUUGGCUACGAUCUGGAUAAGAGAGGAGGUAGUGAAGGUCAGGGCCGGAUUCACCAGCGUUUCCCAGAGAAGGACUGGGAAGAUAACCCCUUUCCACAAGGCCUUGAGCUGUUCUGUCAGCCCAGUGGAUGGCAGCUGGCUCCUGAGAGAAAACCUUCAUCUUUCUUCGUGGCCGUUCUCACUGACAUCAACUCCGAGCGGCAUUACUGCGCCUGCUUCACCUUCUGGGAGUCUGUGGAGAAUCCGCAGCUGCAGAAAGGAGAGCCCAGUGAGGUAGAUGAAGAUGACAGUCCAGACGUGCUCCAGCCCGCUCAACUCUACGCUCCUAGAAGCCUGGUUCUCGUGUCCCGAUUAGACCACACGGAGGUCUUUAGGAACUGUUUGAGUCUCAUCUACACUGUUCAUGUCGAUGGCCUCACUGUUCCCAUGGAAACAGUGAUCGGAAACCUCCUCACCUGCAUCAUUCCUAUAGCUGGCGGCUCUCAGAUAAAUGAUCCCCCUCUUUGUAGUUUAUCUGACUGGCUUCUGGGUUGUUUCCAGCCGGGCCAGGAGGACAGAGAGGAGAGCUCGAGGACCAUAACACUUGGCGCGGGCGACAGGCAGGUCAUCCAGACGCCCAUCAACGACUCCCUGCCCGUCAGUGGCUGCAGUGUGGCUCAGCUUUUCAGACAGCUCGGAAUCGUGAAUGUUCUCUGUCUGUUUUGUGCUGCUUUGACUGAGCACAAGAUCCUGUUCCUCUCCAGCAGUUACCAGCGGCUGACGGAUGCCUGCAGGGCUCUGCUGGCCAUCAUGUUCCCACUCAAGUACAGUUUUACAUACGUUCCCAUUUUACCGGGGAAGCUGCUGGAGGUGCUCAGCAGUCCGACACCCUUCAUCAUCGGAGUCAACUCACAUUUCCGCUCAGAGACUCAGGAGCUGCUCGACGUAAUCAUUGCAGACCUGGACGGAGGCACAGUGACCAUUCCAGAGUGUGUCCACAUAUCCGUGCUCCCUGAGCCACUUCUCCACCACACACAGACCGCCAUCUCCAUGGUUCUGGAUCCAGAGCUGGAAGUGGCUGAUCACGCUUUUCCUCCACCUUCCAUUCAACCAUCCGCACUUAAGAUUCAGGAUAAAGAGAUCCGUGCUGUCUUCCUCUGGCUGUUCUCGCAGCUCUUUCAGGGCUAUCGGUGGUGUUUGCAUAUCAUUCGCAUACACCCUGAACCCGUCAUUCGCUUUCAUAAGGCUGCUUUUUUGGGGCAGCGAGCACUAUCUGAGGAUGACUUCUUGAUGAAGGUGCUGGAUGGCAUGGCCUUCGCUGGGUUCGUGUCUGAACGCGGUCCUCCGUAUCGAGCCACUGACCUGUUUGACGAUCUUAUAGCCAAUCAGGUGGAGCGCAUUCGACAGGAGACAGGAGAUCCUCAUAAAGUCAUGAAGCACAUUAAGGAGCUGGCGGAGCAGCUUUUCAAAAACGAGAACCCGUACCCUGCGGUGACCAUGCACAGAGUCCAGAGGACAGCUGAAUGCGCACAUCCUCGGCUGCCGCAGACCUCCUUCCCCCAGCUGGACGAGGUGGCCGUGCAGCUCUUUAUAGACCACGCCACGGCUAAACUCAAAACUGCCCCACCGGUGGUCAAAGCUGAACUCAAGAGCAUGGUACCAACUGGACCACCGCUGGUUGACUUUGUGGACCGUAAUGGGAAUGUUCUGGCAAACAGCGCCAGGAGGUUAGAAGUGGUCCGGAACUGCAUCACAUACAUUUUUGACAAUAAGAUGCUGGAAGCCAAGAAGUUGAUGCCGGCAGUAUUACGGGCUCUGAAAGGUCGAGCAGCUCGUGUUUGUUUGACGCAGGAGCUCAAUCUUCACGUGCUGCAGAAUCGAGCCGUUCUGGAUGACCAGCAGUUCGACUACAUCGUCCGCAUGAUGAACUGCACCCUACAGGAUUGUUCUCAUAUGGACGAACAUGGCAUCGCUGCUGCUCUGCUGCCGCUGGUCACGGCCUUCUGUCGGAAACUGGGAGGAGGAAUCACUCAGUUUGCCUACAGCUGCGUUCAGGAGCACAUGGUGUGGACCAAUAUGCAGUUCUGGGAGGCCAUGUUUUACAGUGAUGUCCAGAAACACAUCCGGACGCUCUACCUGGAGAAUGGCGAGGAGGGAGACGCAUCCAGCCCUGAGGUGGAGGGUCUUGGUGUGUCUCAGAAUCAGCUCAGCGCUCUCGAACUGGCGUCUGAACAGAGUCGUCUGUGGCCAACGCUGAGUAAAGAGCAGCAGCAGGAGCGAGUGCAGAAAGAGGAGAGCACAGUGUUCAGUCAGGCCAUCCACUACGCAAACCGCAUGAGUUACCUGCUCCUGCCGCUUGACACCAGCAAAAAUCGUCUGCUCCGCAACACCGGCCUUGGGGACGUCGAGAGCGUCAGCAACAGCUACGUCACCAACAGUAUUGCGGGCAGCAUGGCAGAAAGCUACGACACAGAGAGCGGCUUCGAGGAUGCCGAGAGCUCAGAUGUUGCAAACUCUGUUGUUCGGUUCAUCAACCGAUUUGUUGACAAAGUGUGUAACGAGAGCGGCGUCACCAACGAACACCUGAAGGCCCUACACACAAUGAUACCAGACAUCGUUCAGAUGCACAUCGAGACGCUGGACGCGGUUCACAGGGAGAGCAAACGUCUACCUCCCAUCCAAAAGCCUAAGCUUCUAAGGCCGACUCUUUUGCCCGGUGAGGAGUUUGUGAUGGACGGGAUGCGGGUGCACCUUAUCACAGACGGUCGAGAGGAGGCAACGGGCAGUAUGGGAGGACCACCACUGCUGCCCGCUGAGGGGGCAAUCUUCCUCACUUCCUAUAGGCUCAUCUUCAAGGGCACUCCCACAGACCCUCUUGUUGGAGAGCAGGUGGUCACUCGCUCCUUCCCUGUCGCGUCCCUCACGAAAGAAAAGCGGAUUUCUGUUAGUCUUCCCAUGGAUCAGUUCAUCCAGGAGGGUCUCCAGCUGCGGUCCUGCACUUUUCAGCUGAUGAAGAUCGCCUUUGACGAGGAGGUGGCGUCAGAUCUGGCUGAGGUGUUCAGGAAACACAUGCACAAGCUCAGAUACCCACAGCAUGUCCAGGGCACGUUUGCCUUCACCGUGGGUCAGUCUGCCAAACUGGUGGUGGAGCACAAAACCAAGGACAAGAACCAGUCACUCAAAACGCUGUCCAGAAACCUGGUAAAGACUGCAAAGAGGACCAUUGGGCGUCAGUAUGUGACCCGAAAGAAAUAUUCUCCACCAACCUGGGAGAACCGCAGCAGUAUGCAGUCAGAGAUGGACGAGGAUGAAAUCUCUGUGUCUGAAGAGCCGGAGCCGAGUUCAUUGACACUCUCGUCCACCAUCCGCUCGUCUGACCGUCAGACCAUGAGUAACGUGGUGGAACGGGCCUGCUGUCGGGACUACCAGCGGCUGGGACUGGGCACGCUCAGUAACAGCCUGACCCGCUCCAAAAACGAGCCCUUCCGCAUCUCCACCGUCAACCGGAUGUACACUGUAUGCCGAAGUUAUCCAGGGUUACUGAUUGUCCCUCAGAGCAUCCCUGAUUCCACCAUCCAGCGUAUUUCCCGCUGUUACCGGCAGAACCGUUUCCCUGUGGUUUGCUGGAGAAACUCGCGCACUAAAGCUGUGCUGCUGCGAUCAGCUGGUCUGCACGCUAAAGGAGUCGUGGGCUUCUUCAAAUCACCCAAUGCACCUACUGCAGGCCCGUCUCAGGCCGACUCCACCAGCCUGGAGCAGGAGAAGUAUCUGCAGGCCAUCAUCAGCUCCAUGCCCUCAUACAGCGAGGCCAGCGGGAGAAACACACUCAGCGGCUUCACCUCCUCACACAUGAGCACCUCAGACUCAUCAGACAAGCUGAGGCAACCUAAAAUAGGAGCUUUAAUGAAACAAGUCAUGGGGGCUAAAGAAGACGUACCGGGAACCUUCAGUCGAGGAGCGCUGGGUCAGAGGGCGAGGGUCGUCUCCCUCUCUCAGCCUAGAGUUUCAGUCAAGGCCCGCAACUCACCCAGAGGGAAAUGGGGCAGUAUUCGUGGAAGUGGACGGCUCAGCACGUAUAACCCUGAUGUGGGGAACAGGCUGGCUGGGAAAGAGUCACCGCAGGCUAAUGGAGGCCCAAGCGAGACCUACUUCCUCCGGCAACAGAGAGCGUACUUGUUCAUCAUUGGAGACAAGUCCCAGCUUAAGGGUGGAAAGCAGGACUCCUUCCAGCAGUGGGAGGUGGUGCCCAUCGAGGUCUUUGACGUACGGCAGGUGAAGAACAGUUUUAAGAAGCUGAUGAAAGCCUGUGUGCCUUCCUCCCUAAGCUUUGACGCAAACAUGACCUUUCACCGCUGCCUGGAGGAGUCCGAGUGGAUGAAUCUGCUUCACAGGGUUUUACAGGUGUCUGUUCUUGUUGUGGAGCUUCUUGACAAUGGUUCCUCAGUCAUGGUUAGUUUGGAGGACGGCUGGGAUGUAACAACACAGGUGGUGUCCCUUGUGCAGCUGCUGUCAGAUCCCUACUACCGAACCAUCGAUGGCUUUCGACUGCUCGUGGAGAAAGAGUGGCUGUCAUUCGGCCAUCGAUUCAGCCAUCGUGGAGCCCAAACACUUGCCAGUCAGAGCAGCGGAUUCACACCAGUCUUCCUCCAGUUCCUGGACUGUGUGCACCAGAUUCAUCUGCAGUUCCCCAUGGAGUUUGAGUUCAGUCAGUAUUACCUCAAGUUUCUAGCCUACCACUACGUCUCCAACCGUUUCCGCACCUUCCUGCUGGACUCCGAUUAUGAGCGCAUCGAGCUCGGAGUCUUAUAUGAGGAAAAAGGUGAGAGGAAGAGCACUCAGGUGUGCAAGUCUGUCUGGGAUUACAUCGACAGGCUAAACAAAAAGACCCCCAUAUUCUACAACUACAUGUUUUCGCCUGAAGAAGAAGAGGUCUUGAAGCCCUACAGUUUCAUCUCCAACUUAAAGGUUUGGGACUUUUACACGGAGGAAACGCUUUCUGAGGGUCCGUCCUUUGACUGGGAGUUAGUGCAGGGUCGGCAGGAGAAGCCACAGGAGGAAGCUGGAGACAGACAAGAGACGACGGCGCCCAAAUCCAAGCGGAGGAUUGUCUGGCCCUGCUAUGACAACCUCAGUAAAGUAGUGCCUGAUGCCAUCACCAAACUCCUACAGGAUGUGCAGAACCUUGAAACUGAGCUGGGACAACCUACAGAGAAGUGGAAGGACACAUGGGACAAGAUUAAAACGACCCAGCGGGUGGAAUCCAGACUAGAGAGCAGGCACUCCUUCUCCAGCUCUCUGCUGAUGUCGUCUAAUCUGAGCCACCAGCGGCGCUCUCAGGGGGUCUAUCUGCAGGAGAGCGGCCGCGGCUCAUCCAUUAAUCUGGCUCUGGACUGCGAGGUCAGCGCUACAUCUACACCCGCUGCAGGACGGCCCAGUACAAGCACUCUAUACAGCCAGUUCCAGAGCACUGAGAGCGAGAACAGGAGCUUUGAGGGUAUUUUAUAUAAAAAAGGCGCUUUGCUGAAACCUUGGAAACCCCGUUGGUUUGUACUGGAUAAGACCAAACACCAGUUGAGAUACUACGAAACAAGGCAAGAUAAAGAGUGUAAAGGAAUGAUUGAACUGGCUGACGUGGAGUCUGUCAUUCCGGGGACACCUGCCAUGGGAGCCCCCAAAAAUAUAGACGACAAAGCCUUUUUUGAUCUCAAGACGACCAAAAGAGUGUACAACUUCUGUGCCCAGGACAGCUCAAAUGCGCAGUCAUGGAUGGACAGUAUUCAGGGUUGCCUAUCUGAUGCAUAGGUGUCGGACCAUAGCAGAAAACAUAACUGUGAUGCAUAGUAAAGAGGAGGGGCGGAGCCAGUGACGGACAGUAGCCUCAUAGCCAAUGGGGAGCCACUCCCCGGGCGUUUACAGAGGAAACAGGGCUUCCCUAAUGGUGGUAUUGAACUUUGCAAUGUCGCAUCUCAACAUUUCAAAGACUGAUAUCCGUGCUCGGCUUCAAAACCCUUCCUUCACUUGUUUGAAAAAAAGGCAUGACCUGCGAUUCGUCUUCAAUUACCGCUCGCAUCCCACCAUUAUCGCUCCAAUACUGCCACCUUUCAGCUAUGCAGGGGCUCAAAAAUGCCCACUAACUAGCCACACAGCUACUAACUAAUCACUGUUCCACGGUUUUAAGGCAAGUCUGGACGAGUGCAUCGAUUUCUUGCCUUCUCAUUGGCCGGUUAAGUUCUCACACUCCCUUCCGAUUGGUCGGCUUCAUCACGCAACGGUUCAUGAAGGAUUUUGUGUCUCUUUUUGUGUUAUUCGUUAUGAGAUAAUAUGAAAACUAAAGAUCCAUUCCUUGCCGUUUUUAUUUGACGACAAAAAGCCAUCUGGAGAUUUCCAAUUCCGCCUGUUUACGAAGAAAUUACAAACCACUAUUCGCUAAAUUUUUAAGGGAUGUUGAAGGAAAAUGGAGGGAUGUAUUGUGUCGUAUUUAUGCACGAUUGAUAAUUCAAUUUCGUUUCUUUAUUAUAAGAAAGGCGCAGACUAAAAGUGAGAGGACGAUGUGUGGAGGGUUUUUUUUGUUUCAUCAAGUGUCUGUUUACACCAAUCAGAGGCCAGAGGCUGGAAAUAAUGAUGAAAUAUAUGCAAACCUGUAAAUAUCCAUUCCAAAACAGAUAUCAGAUCUGCCAUAUCUACUUAAAUCGCAAAACUGAAUCCCAUAAUCAAACGUGGAGGACAUACGCUUCGGAUAUCCAGCCUCUGAGCCUCGGAUCUGUCAAAAAUCAGUGUUUUAGUUGUAGUCUGUUACCUCUUUUCUGUUUUGAAUCCUGUACAUAGAGGAGUUUGUUUAUAUUAUUCCUUUAGAGAGAGAGAGAAAGAGUCUAUUUUGCUGGACUUGGACUGAGGAUGCAUCAAAGUAUCACCUGUUUAUCACAGGAUCUUUUGUUUUGUUUUUUAAUACCAGAUACACAAACUAAUACACACACACGCACACACACACACAAUGUAAAAUAGGGUAAUACUUCCGAAUUGUUGACAACGAAAUUUGAAUUGUAGAUUUUUGUUCCAAUAACUCCCUUUGUAUAUAAUAUUCAAAUGUGUAUGUUAAUGGUAGUAAUUUAUUUAACUUUUGUCUCCUGAAAUAUGACAGCACCACUUAACUUUUAAAUUAGCGAUCCAAUAUGUGCCAUUGUUUAUCUCUGUGUUAACGUGACUAAUGAUAUAAAUAUAUAUAUUUUUUGGAAACCUUCAGAUGUGACUCAAAUAAACCCGAAAUUUUUCCUUUUCUUUUUUUUUUUUCCUCCAUGCUUCACAUAAUUCAAGUCCUGGUUUUCGUAACAUCUGAAUUCUGUCUGACAGCAAAAACUGCGUAACGUUUUUAUUUAUUUUUCAUGCUUUCUUUUUUUUAAAUUCGAUUCUCUCAUCUGAUCCAGGUUGUGUUGUCAAUCAUGCCAUAUAUUUUUUAGGAUUAAACCACUGUGGGGUUUCAUGGCCUCCUUAUA